UCACCUACUGAGGACUGCUUUGACAGACGAACUGUCUAAUGCUGCGUUUAUCAGCUUUAUAUGCCUUAUGGUAUUUUUCAUCCCUUCUAGCUAGGAUACAGGGCGAAAAGCCCUAAAUAAGGAUUCUGGUUGCUCGUCAAAGAAAGCGGACUUAAACAUGAAAAUUAAAGCUGCCAACUCAGUUUAAGUAAAAUAGCGUGGACACUAACUGGCACUGGAAAAAAACUGUUUCAUAAUUUUGUAAAGAGUCUGUAUGCUUUUUGGAUGUCUAAAUCUCCUGCUCCAGCUGAGCUAUGGCAAAAAGGACCUAUCAACACAUCAAGCUUUUUUUGCAAGAACCGUGAGAUAUAAAUUGAUUGGCCAGAACAGAUUUAAGUAAUGGUGUCUGCGCCUGGAAGCAAGUACUACCUAAACCAGAUUUCAUGUAAAUUUGUGCUGACAUGCAAUCAUAUGUCCUACAAUGCUGCAGUUCACACUUAUAAAUCCACAUAGGCCUUCAGUGCCACACUAGACUUUUGUUAAGACUGAUCCAACAUACUUAUUUGCAUAAAUAGAAUACUUAUAAGUUCUGAAGAUAUUACUUAUAGCUGUAAUAUACAGAGUAGGGCUCACACAAUGGUUGUACAAAAGCUGCAUAGUGCCCAUUUCGUAUGGGUAGGGAUCUUCUUAUGCUGCUUUAUAGAAAUAGGGGCUGCUCUUGAAUUUACAGGCACUGAGGGACAGUGGGCCAGGUUUCCAGUGUGGAAUGCAUGUUGUGAAAGUGAAAUGAGCUUUAACCUGAAGACAAAGAGCUCCCACGGGCUGCUUGUUUACUUUGAUGAUGAAGGAUUUUGUGACUUUUUAGAACUUCUUCUAAUAAAAGGGAAACUCAGCCUACGCUACUCAAUCUUCUGUGCAGAGCCUGCAACCGUAGUUUCUGACACAGCCGUCAAUGACAGCCAAUGGCAUACUGUCACGAUUAGAAGAAACUUUAAAAACACAACCCUUGCUGUGGAUGAUGAGAUAAAGUGGGUGGAAGUGAAAUCGAAAAGACGUGACAUGACUGUUUUCAGCCAUCUGUUCCUCGGGGGAAUACCGCUGGAGCUACGGUCCGUGGCAUUGCGCCUGACGUCGGCUGUGGUCAAGGAUCAGCCUCCUUUUGUGGGAUGGAUAACAGAUAUAAAGGUCAACAACACUGAGGCUGAAAUGAUCAACAGUGAGGGGGUCUUAAUGGAUGUCUGCGGUACAGCCAACAUGUGCUUAAAUGGAGGAGUCUGCAGUUUAAUUAACAAUGAACCAGCAUGCAACUGCUCUCACACUGGCUUCCAAGGAAAGGACUGCAGUGAAGACAACAAUACCGAAGGUCUGGCACACCUGAUGAUGGGCGACCAAGGUAAAAGUAAAGGGCAGAGAGGGGAGACUUGGCUUGUAAGGUCCCUACUGAGCAUUCAAGGAAAAGAAGAGUAUGUUGCAACCUUCAAAGGAUCUGAGUUCUUCUGCUACGACUUGUCCUUGAACCCGAUUCAAAGCAGCAGUGAUGAAAUCACAUUGUCAUUCAAAACCCUACAGAGGAACGGACUAAUGCUGCACACGGGCAAAUCUGCAGAUUACGUCAACCUGGCGCUGAAAAAUGGGGCUGUGUCACUCGUCAUUAAUUUGGGGUCUGGAGCCUUUGAAGCUCUUGUGGAGCCAGUCAAUGGAAAAUUUAAUGACAAUGAUUGGCAUGAUGUCAAAGUUACACGGAAUCUACGUCAGCACUCAGGCAUUGGACACGCUAUGGUAACCAUAUCUGUAGAUGGGAUUCUGACCACCACAGGAUAUACACAGGAGGACUAUACCAUGCUGGGCUCGGAUGACUUUUUCUAUGUUGGAGGGAGCCCUAGUACAGCGGACCUGCCUGGAUCUCCUGUUAGCAACAACUUCAUGGGUUGCCUGAAGGAGGUUGUUUACAAAAACAAUGAUGUAAGGCUCGAGUUGUCCAGACUGGCCAAGCAGGGUGAUCCAAAAAUGAAAGUCCAUGGCAUUGUGGCCUUUAAGUGUGAGAAUGUAGCCACUCUGGAUCCCAUUACAUUUGAGACACCCGAGUCAUAUAUUAUUCUUAACAAAUGGAACGCUAAGAAGACAGGAUCCAUCUCUUUUGACUUCCGCACCACCGAACCCAACGGCCUUCUACUUUUCAGUCAUGGCAAGCCAAAGCAGCAACCAAAAGACUCCAAGACACCACAAACUCUUAAAGUUGACUUCUUUGCCAUUGAGAUGCUGGAUGGCCAUCUCUACUUGCUAUUAGAUAUGGGCUCAGGAACCACAAAGACCAAGGCAGUCAACAAAAAAGUAAAUGAUGGUGAAUGGUACCAUGUGGACUUCCAGCGAGAUGGAAGAUCAGGUACAAUCUCCAUCAAUACCCUUCGUACUGCUUACACAGCCCCUGGAGAAAGUGAGAUCUUGGACUUGGAUGACAAUCUGUAUCUUGGGGGUCUGCCAGAAAACAAGAUGGGCCUCGUGUUCCCCACUGAGGUGUGGACAGCUCUGCUCAACUAUGGCUAUGUGGGCUGUAUCCGAGAUUUAUUUAUAGAUGGACAGAGUAAAGAUGUGCGGCGCCUUGCAGAGGUCCAGAAGGCUGCCGGGGUCAAACCCUCAUGCUCUAAAGAGCCUCCUAAACAGUGCUUGAGCAACCCCUGCCAAAAUAAUGGUGUCUGCAGGGAGGGAUGGAACCGCUACGUCUGUGACUGCUCUGGAACUGGAUACUUGGGACGCUCCUGUGAAAGAGAGGCGACCAUUCUCAGUUACGAUGGCAGUAAGUUUAUGAAAGUCCAGCUCCCAGUGGUUAUGCACACAGAGGCUGAAGAUGUGUCUCUUCGAUUCCGCUCCCAACGGGCCUAUGGCCUGCUGAUAGCCACAACGUCCCGGGACUCUGCUGACACUCUGCGUCUUGAAUUGGAAAGUGGACGGGUCCGUCUCACCGUCAAUCUAGAUUGUAUCAGGAAUAACUGUACCACCAGCAAAGGUCCAGAGACUAUUUUUGCGGGUCAGAACCUGAACGAUAAUGAGUGGCAUACCGUACGUGUGUUCAGGAGAGGCAAGAGUUUGAAACUGACUGUAGAUGAACUACCGCCUGUGGAAGGUCAAAUGGCAGGUGACCACACCCAGCUGGAAUUUCAUAACAUUGAGACCGGCAUCGUGACAGAGAAGCGCUUCAUGUCCUUGGUGCCGUCUAACUUCAUUGGCCACCUUCAAAGCCUCUCCUUCAAUGGCAUGGCUUACAUUGACCUGUGCAAAAAUGGUGACAUUGAUUAUUGUGAACUCAAUGCCAUGAUUGGCUUCAAGAACAUUAUUGCUGAUCCGGUCACCUUCAAGUCACGUUCCAGCUAUGUGACUCUCACCACUCUGCAGGCCUACUACUCGAUGCACCUUUUCUUUCAGUUUAAAACCACAUCUCCUGAUGGUCUCAUCCUCUACAACAGUGGCGAUGGAAAUGAUUUCAUAGUGGUGGAACUGGUCAAAGGUUAUCUUCACUAUGUAUCUGACCUGGGGAAUGGAGCCCACCUCAUCAAAGGAAACUCCAAUAAACCUCUUAGUGACAACCAGUGGCACAAUGUUAUAAUCUCCAGAGACACUAACAAUCUACACACAGUCAAGAUCGAUACCAAGAUUACUACGCAGACAACUUCAGGAGCCAAGAAUCUGGACCUGAAAGGAAACCUUUACAUAGGUGGGGUGGCAAAGGAGAUGUAUAAGGACCUGCCCAAACUGGUACAUGCCAAGGAAGGUUUUCAGGGUUGCCUGGCAUCUGUGGAUCUGAACGGACGCCUCCCAGAUUUGAUGUCAGAUGCUCUGGACUGUGUGGGACAGAUAGAAAGAGGGUGUGAAGGCCCCAGUACCACAUGCCAAGAAGACUCCUGCGCCAACCAGGGUGUGUGUCUUCAGCAGUGGGAGGGCUUUAGCUGUGAUUGCAGCAUGACGACAUUUGGAGGACCACUUUGUAAUGACGCGGGAACAACAUACAUAUUUGGCCGAGAUGGUGGACUGAUCACCUACACGUGGCCACCAAAUGACAGACCCAGCACAAGGGCGGAUCGACUUGCCAUUGGGUUCAGUACACACCUGAAGGAUGCUGUCUUAGUGAGAGUGGAUAGCUCCUCUGGACUUGGAGACUUCUUGAAACUCCACAUUGAAAAAGGAAACAUUGCUGUAGUAUUUAAUGUGGGAACAGAUGACAUAAACAUUGAGGAGACGUCAAAAUUUGUAAAUGAUGGAAAAUACCAUAUAGUGAAGUUUACAAGGAGUGGGGGUAAUGCCACUCUGCAGGUGGAUGACCUGCCAGUCAUUGAGCGCUACCCCACAGGCAACAUUGAUAACGAUCGCCUGGCGCUUGCUAGACAGCGAAUCCCAUACCGACUCGGUCGAGUAGUUGACGAAUGGCUACUCGACAAAGGGCGACAGCUUACAAUCUUCAACAGCCAAACCACUAUACAGAUUGGGGGCUGGGAGCGAGAUCGGAGAGGAUCCUUUCAAGGCCAGCUCUCAGGACUCUACUACAAUGGGUUAAAGGUGUUCAACAUGGCCGCUGAAGGGGAUCCUAAUAUAAAGAUCAAGGGCAGCGUGCGGCUUGUUGGGGAGUCUCCAUCCUCUAUCACACCUCAGUCAAGCACCACAGCUAACCGCUCGGAGACAUCUACGUCCAUCAUGGAAAUCACUACUACCACUGCUUCUAGCAGGAAAGUUAAACUGACCACACCACGAGAGCCUCAGCAGACAACUGAGGACAGUGUGGUGGCUUCUGCUGAGUGUCCAAGUGAUGAUGAAGACAUUGAUCCCUGUGAGCCGAGCUCAGGUGGGUUAGCCAGUCCCACAGGAUCCGGACCAAAAGGUUACCCUGGCACAUCUGAGGUCUUCGGCGAGUCCAGCAGCACAACGGGGAUGGUUGUUGGCAUCGUAGCAGCAGCCGCAUUGUGUAUCCUCAUUCUACUUUAUGCCAUGUACAAGUACCGUAACAGAGACGAAGGAUCGUAUCAUGUGGAUGAGAGCCGCAAUUACAUCAGCAACUCAGCACAAUCCAAUGGCACAGUAGUCAAAGAGAAACCCAUCAACAACCCGAAAACCUCCAGCAAGAAUAAAAAGAACAAGGACAAAGAGUACUACGUGUGACUGAGGAACAUCUGGUCUUUUCUAGACCAGCGUCUGUCCAAAAGAUUGAUAAGGACAUAAACAUGUGUACAGGAUAAUACCGAAGAUGAACAAUAGUUAGUAUUUUUUUUUCUAACAAGACAGUGCUCUACAAAAUAAACUGAAGAUAAAAAUAUACAUUUCUUUACUCUUAAGAACUUCAAACAAACAGGAAAUACUGUCCAGAAAAAGACUUAUAGGAAAAUGGACUACCUAAUAUCUUAUGUGUCGACCAACAAUGAUAAUCCACAUGUGACUUGUUCUUGGGCCAGAAUAUUGCCUCCCUUUCUUCAUGUUUCUAGGAACAGAAGAGUACAGAUGCACAUUGCAGAUGGAGAUUCAGCAUUACAAACUCUGUAUUCUCGAGAAAAUGGCACACUACAUAAAUUAAUACAUACCAUAAAUAUGCUAAACAUUGACUAUAGAAGGGAGAGUAAAGGAAAAAAUUGGAUUUUCAGGCCAAAGGACUCUCUGAAAAGUCUUUUAAAGACUUUUUCAUGUCACUGAGCUGUUGCAGUGUAAAGAUUGGGACAGAUGGGCAUUUCUCUUUAAAUACACUUAUUUAAAGGAACUGUUCUGUUAGAAAGUGGAGGCCUUCAUUUUCCAUGCUGUAUUGUGAUAUUAAAGGGAGGACAUUUCUGCUGGAUUCCUGAGGAUCUGGGAAAUGAUUAUCACCUGGGAGCCAUGCACGCAAAAUUAUCUUAUUACAGUACUUAUGUUUAUAAACAGUACAACCACAUCUAUUUGUGCUUUCUGGACUGUGACAAAGUGGUGUUUUAUAGCCUGUUGUAAAGAUAAUGCAAAAUAUAACUGCUCCUCAACCAUUUUGGAAUAAAAUAAGAAAUUUAAAAAACAUAUGUGUUAAUAGGUGUUGCUAGACAUAGAAUAUUUUAUGAGGACAUCUUUUUCUCUCAGUUGAAUAAUAAUUUGAAAUAUCCUUGUUUUUACAUGUGUUCCUAUAUAGUUUUUAUACAAAUGCCAACCUGAGAUAGAUCAUUCUGGACCAGUAAUAGCCUAUCCAUUCCCAAAAAAACCCACACGACACUGACAGUGGAAUCUAGUGUGGAUCUCUUUCAAAGGAAUCACUGCCUUUUUUCUCCAUCCUAAUUUAGAUUAAUAAAAAUGAACAGGAAUAUGAGUGAUGAUAAAGAUUAGAAUAAAUAAACAUGUGUGUCUGUUUUUUUUUUGUCUAAGUAAUGCUAAACAGUGGGCGAUGUGUGCCUGGGCAACCCCAAAAUCCUGCAGAGAAUAGCUCAAAUAAGUCUCCAUUUCAACUGUUCUGUGUUUGUUCUGUCAUUCUGUCUGUCAUAUCUGCUUUCCAGAGACCUGUACUUGGAUUGAGUAUGAGGAAAAAUGACCAUGAACUAUAAAUGAUGAUUAUUAAUUCUCUUUGUUUGCUGCUCCUUUGUUUAAUUUCAGAUAUUUUCUUUUCAAAUGUGUUUCCUGUACUCCCAAGUGAAAAAAAAAAGUCUUAUCGAAACUAGUUUUCAGAAGGCAAAUUAAUAAAAUAUUACUUCACUAUUACUAGUGAACUUAAAACUAUUCUGCUGACAACCAGCAUGACUACAGGAUCUCUGAUUAGACUUGUUCCAAUUCAAGAUUUUGCUUCUGGUUUUGUGAUAAUAUCUGGAUCAUUGUGUUGUAUGAGGGCAUACCACUGCUAAAAUUUGUGUCCAUACCUCCUACUGUAUUUAUAUUUCAAAGAUUUUUAGUUAGAAACUUUUCAACAUAAUGAUCAGGAGGAUGCUGCUAAUAUGGCUAUGAUAACAUUCUAUAUAUAUUUGCUGAGCUGUUAAAUUGUUUAAAGAAUGGAAAGGGAAUUAUGUUUUGUUUGUCUGGUUUGCUUUUACUAUGUCCUCUUGUCCAGGUCGACUAGUUCUCAAUAGUUUCACCUGGUUAAAUAAUCUGAACACCAAAAGCUCAGAGAUACAGUAUAUGGAGGGUUACAUAGAACCGUUGAAUAAAAAUCAUUCAUUACUCUUAAAUCAACUGGAUGACUGCAGCCCUGUGGUAUACUGGUAUUUUCUCAUGUUUUCAGCUUCUAAACUCAACCACAUAUGCUCAUCAGGCCCCCGAGAUUUGGUAGGCUUAUUUCUAUAUACCUUCACAGCGUCUGAUUUUUCUUUCAUUUUUUUAACUUGUAGCCUUCAGUCUUAACUCAAGUGACACCACU